AUGCCGAAGAACAAAGGAAAGGGAGGAAAGAACAGGAAGAGAGGAAAGAACGAAGCGGAUGACGAGAAGAGGGAGCUGAUAUUCAAAGAAGACGGACAAGAGUACGCGCAAGUCAUGCGUAUGCUUGGCAACGGAAGGUGCGAAGCCAUGUGCAUCGACGGCACGAAACGUCUCUGCCAUAUCCGAGGGAAGAUGCACAAGAAGGUCUGGAUCGCAGCGGGGGACAUAGUGCUUGUUGGUCUGAGAGACUACCAAGACGACAAGGCUGAUGUCAUCCUCAAGUACAUGUCCGAUGAAGCGAGGCUUCUCAAGGCUUAUGGUGAGCUCCCUGAGAGCACUCGUCUCAACGAAGGUAUCGGUGGUGAUCUCGAUGAGGAUGAUGAUAAUAACGUUGAUGACUAUGUUGAGUUUGAGGACGAGGAUAUCGAUAGGAUCUAA